AUGGCGUUGUACGACGUCGAUAUCAGACCUCAGCUCGACCAGGUCAGCCCAGAUAUCGCCAACCCACAGUCAUCCCGACUCGACGAGGACGACUCAACACUGUCAUCCGCAAGCAGUGAUCGCUCUGUCAGAAGCGUUGAAAGUACAACCGCCAGCAAGGGCAAGUGGAAGGCCAACAUCAACGGCGAUUGGCGAUAUGGAUCCUCAGAAUCCGCCACCAGUACCGCUAUGUCGUCUGUCUCUUCCUCUACGGCUGCUGAAGACAAGACGAUAACCCGGCCACAAUUUACGAGCCCACUUAAGAAACGAAUGUCCGAUGGCUCGAUCAAGCAACCGCCCCUUCGCCUCAACUCGUCCAUUGGCAGCGCUUCAGAGCAGCCACAGGCAGUUCCAGAGCAGCCUCAGCAGGACCAACAAACCCAACAUAUUCCACCAAAGAAGAAACGCGGUCGACCACCUAAGGACAAGUCGUUGCUCGCUCAACCGGCACCGAAGGCUCCGAAAGCAUCACGUAUAUCAGAGCUGAAAGACGAGGUUCGACCACGCUCAUCGAUUCCAUCACGACUACCCGCCGAGGUCCAUGCCAGCCAGGCCAUCGAGGCAGCAUAUGCAUCUCGUCUCAAUCCCUUCGAGCUACAUCGCGGCGAGCAUUCUCUUCUCGCCGAUCUGCUAAUGUCCCACGAAGUCACCGUCUAUCUGAACAUCCGCAACGCAAUUCUACGCCUCUGGCACCAAAACCCACUCUGCGGUGUGACACCAAAGGAGGCGGCUGGCUGUGCGAAAGAGGCACGGUUUUUCGGUCUUGCUGAGGCAGCUUACAAAUGGCUUGUGCGGAAUGGCUACAUCAACUUUGGGUGCGUCGAGACACCGAGAGAUGCCGGCAUCGCGAAGUCGAGAAGAAGUGGCAAGCAGAAGACAGUGGUGGUAGUGGGUGCUGGGGUAUCAGGUCUUACAACAGCCCGGCAGCUAGAACACCUCUUCGAACACGACGCGAAGAGAUGGACAGAUGUGGGCGAGCGGCCACCGAAAGUCAUUGUGCUGGAAGGUCGCAAACGCAUCGGAGGUCGUGUUUACUCCAAGCAGCUCCGUGAUCAAGUGCCUGGCAGCCUACCAGACGAUUUGCGGAACACAGUCGAGAUGGGUGCAAUGAUAGUCACUGGUUUCGAGCACGGCAACCCUCUCGAUACGAUCAUUCGUGGUCAACUGGGGUUGCGGUACCACCUGAUGAAAGAUGCUCUUACAAUCUACGACAGCGAUGGCAGGCCGGUGGACGAGCAGAGGGAUAUGCUGAACACCGAGCUGUACGCAGACAUCUCCGAUCGCGCAGGCGACUUCCGAGCCGCACCACAAGACACGAAUACCUUGAAGGGCGACGAAGAGCUGAUCAGCAGAUGUCGAGACCCAAUCUCGGACGGAUUCGCAGACUUCCAGCUAGAGCCGCUGCCUAACCCCAUGGACCACCUUCCGCAGUACAAACCUGCAGCGAAGCGUGGAAGACGGCGCAACGCACCACCUCAGACCGAGAAGCUGACCGGCAGAACCCGCGUCAUCGAGAUGAGUAACGCAACACAAAGCGCAGCUCGAGCGGCAAAGGAGAUGGGAUGGCAGCUCAGAGAAGGCAUCGCCCGGAACCAGUCGAUUUCGCUGAAUGAGAUGGCGAGGGCGUCUUCACACCCUACGCUAGGUUCAGUGAUGGACGACGCGAUCGAGCAAUACCAAGAUCUUGUCCAGCUCACACCACAGGACAUGCGCAUGCUCAACUGGCAUCACGCCAACCUCGAAUACGCCAACGCCGCGCCAGUGUCCUCGCUCAGUCUCAGUGGUCACGACCAAGACACGGGCAACGAGUUCGAAGGCGCACACUCUGAGAUCAUCGGCGGCUAUACUCAACUACCUCGCGGGCUCAUGAACCUACCGACGAAGCUCGACGUCCGAUUUGACAGGGUGGUGGAUAGUAUCCACUACAAUGAAGGUGCGCCGGGCGAGAGCGAGUAUACUACAAAGGUGGUGUGUAGCGACGGCCAGAUCAUUGAGGCCGACCAGGUGGUCAUGACGGUGCCGCUGGGUGUGCUCAAGGACGAUGUCGUGGAUUUCGACCCUCCACUUCCUGGGUGGAAAUAUGGCGUUAUCCAGCGCAUGGGGUUCGGUCUGCUCAACAAGGUCAUCCUUCUGUACGACCAGUCAUUCUGGGACGACGACCGCGACAUGUUUGGCCUGCUGAACGAUGCAGAGCAGCAGAAUAGCCUGGAUCCAGAAGAGUAUGCAAGGAGAAGAGGAAGGUUUUAUUUGAUAUGGAACGCCUCGAAAAUCAGCGGAAGGCCAGCACUUGUUGCACUCAUGGCCGGACACGCCGCGCACGACGCCGAGACAACAGACAGCAAUUCUCUCCUUGCAGAGAUCAAUGACAGACUUCGUACGGUCUUCUCGCCUGAAAAGGUCACUGCGCCUUCCGAGGUCAUUGUCACGAGAUGGAAACGAGAUCCUUUUACGAGAGGCACAUACUCAUACGUGGGGCCAAGGACACGCUCUGGCGAUUACGAUCUCAUGGCGAAGCCGGUUGGCAACCUGCACUUUGCUGGUGAGGCCACGUGUGGAACACAUCCGGCUACGGUGCAUGGCGCGUUUCUGUCUGGCCUGAGAGUCGCGUCAGACGUUAUGACAGCUAUGACUGGACCAAUUGACCUCCCGCUGCCGCUUGUUGGGGCGCCAACUAUCAAGCAAGAGACGGUCGCACGCUACAAUAUGCCUCAGACAGUACCGCUGCCUCCACAGCCAUCUAUCAGCACGAACACGCCAGCAACAGCACAAGUCAACGCCCCAAUAAUCAAGCAAGAACACGACCCAACAUCCCUAGCCAGCGUGCCAGUCUACGCAUCCGCCCCCGCCCCCCCACCGCCCAAACUCGCCGGCCCACCCAAACAAAGCGUAUGCGCGCGCGACGAUUCCUUCUGGGCCCGCCCGUCCUUCGACCACAACGACCUCGACUACGAAGCCUCCAUCGUCGGCACCAUCCUCUCCCGCCUCGGCGACCGCCCGCUCAAGCCCAGCCGACCGGGGGUAAACCCCUUCCUCCUCUUCACCAAAGCCAAAUGGGACGAGUGCAAAGCGCACUGCAGCCGCGACGCCUCCACGGCCGGGCGCGACGCUAUCCGCGCCACGCUGGGGAAGUGGUGGAAAGCUGCUACCGAGGAGGAGAAGCGGCCGUAUCUGGAGCAGAGCGAGCAGGCGCAGAAAGUGGCGGAUACGCAGCGCAAGGAGUGGGCGGAGGGUGUGGAGAAGUGGGACGCGGAGGCGAGGAGGAUUAGGCAGGAGUUUGUGGCGGAGCAUCCGCCGCCGGUGGUGCAGGGGGAGGGGGUGGGGGGCAGUAAGAGGAAGAGCAAUAAUAGUAGUUGGGUGGUGCUGGAUCAUGUGUGA